GUCAUGUAUUCCCACAUCGUAUGUAGUGCGAGCGAACAAGCGAGGUUAUUCCUGCGUGUGAAGUGUUUCGCGAAAAUUUUUUCCACUGGCAUUUUGUGAUCGCCUCGAGAAAAGACAAUUCCCGUUGUUUGUUGCGUGAACUAGUGGUGGACAAGUGGAGGGUCAAGCGCGCCGCAAUUAGGCUACAUUAACGGGUUGUGCUUCAUUUAUGUGCGGAGAUUGCGGUAGGUGACAAUUUUCAUCUUGGCUGGGCGCAGGGGGACGUGAAAAAGUGCUGAAUCUUGGCCGCGGCGGAGUCUGGACGAUGUUUGCGUUGAAUUGACGCCAGAGCGGAUUGGGAGCAAAAUCAAUAGACGAUCGGUCAGUGAGGAGUCGGUGGCGUUUCGCGUUAGAUCUCGAGAUAUUGGAAAUGACGUGUGUGGGUUAAUAUUUGCAUUUGAACAGGCGGAAAAAGCAAAGAAAAUUUUUCGGUUCCAAUAGAGCUUGCGGUCGCGGUGCGAUGCAUGCUCGUCGUUUUCGGAUGUAGUCGGCUGGGCUUCGUCGCGUGAGACGACAACGAGCGAGUUGAUCUCGGUCGGCCGAUUGUCAUGUUGUCGUCGCGAAGCAAGUUUUCGAACAUGGCGGCUGUAAAUUCCAAUUCGCCUCAAGCUACUUGGGUUUGAAGUGACCGGCAUUGACGGUGGAGUUGGAGUGUGUGGAAAUUUCUUGUGGGCAUCAAAGUGGAAAUAUUGCUCGUUGUGAGUUAAUUGUUAUAAGACGCAGGGUGCGAGGUGCUGGCGACUUCGCUGCAGACGACUAGGAGACAGAAGUGUUCGCAGGACUGACAAGCACUUUUCGCUUGAUAACUGUAUCGAGUCGCCUUUUGCUGUCAAUAGGUGCAUAUUUGUGUUGGCAACACCGUUCGGCGAUCUUUUAGGCGAAUUGAGAGUUGACGUGAAAAUUUCUUGACAAAAAGAAUAAUUGAAAAUUGUCGUGAAAAUUAUCUAUAGUCGAUGCUUGGUGCUCGCGAAAUUGGGGAUUGAUUGCCGUUCGUAGUUGGUGAUUUUAAAAUUUUCGUAUGGAAUUGUGCGUACGCAGAAUAUCAAUUGGAAAAAUUUCGUCGUGAUUCCGUCAUCGUCUUGGCAAGUCUUUCCGUCCUUUCCCGUUUUCAUUCUUCGCUGGUUCUUGAAUUGCUCUUCCGUCACUGUUUCUUUACGUUUUGAUCGACGGGCCUCAUUCGGCUACGAUUUUUGCUAAUUUUCGCGAGAAAAUUCAUUGGGCAGAAGGUGUAUUUGUGCGGCCGACUUGUUAGAAUCGCCCAUGGUCAUGAGUGAGAUGUAGUUGGAAAACGGAGCUCGAAAAGCAGCUGAAAAUUUUUGACACAUGUGUUUGUGGAAUCGAGUUUAAAGGUUGAAGGAUUUUAGGGAGUGUGGGCAACGUUCGUCGCAAACGUGCUAGGGACUUGUGAUAUACGCGGAGUCGUUCCGAUUCCUCGACCAUUUCGAGUUCAAGUGGCUGAGUAACAACAAACCGACCAGACAGGACGUACGAGUCGUCCGUCGUAGUUGACGACGGCUUGCUCCUUUUCAGGGGUUGGGGGUGGCAUGCCACAAUCGCCUGAUCUCGGGCAAGCCAAGGCUCCUGAUAAGUCCUUGCCCGAAACAUCGUCAUCAGAAAAUGCAAACGAACCCAAUCAGACAUCACCGACAGUAGCGGACUCGAAUAAUUGUGACAACAAUAUGACAUCGACUAGCAACACGUCCGGCGGAAACUCGAACAACAACGCAGCUUCCGGGGCGUCUCAGGAAAUUUCAAGCAAAAGCUUGAAGCAUAUGAAUGAUCACGAUUUCAAAGAUCUCCUCGAGGAAGCUAUUUCAUACAAAUCACCGAAAGAUCGAGAAAAUACCAGCGAAACGUUCCGGAAGCUUCUCGAGCAUGUGGAGAGAACGAAAGAUGAGUUUCCUGCAAUAAGUGAGGCGAGAUAUCAGCGUGGCUCAAAUAAUCAACACGGUGGAUCAUUGCAAGAUUUAAAGGAGUCUGGAGCGCAUGAUAUGCUUGACAACGAUUACACAUAUGGAAAAAGCAAUCGACGUCAUCAUCACAAUUCCCGAACGCAGAAAUAUUCGUUGGUUUCGACGCGACAACGUGAGGGUGGCAGUCUACCGAGCAAUGUUAACGUCUCUAAUUGUUUUUUGUCGAACGAGCCUCGAUUCUUAAAUGAAGUUGGUAGUAAGCGAAGGGGCAAGGCGGAGCGGACAUUUUCAGGAACAUCGUCUAAUGGCGGACAGGAUUCGACACUAUCAUAUGAAUCGAAGGAUUAUCCGAUUUUGGGGGAUCACACGACUAUCACGGAAAUUGACUUUUGCGAAGAUGGAUCACAGGGUAAAGCUAAUCCGCUGGAUGUAGAUGUUGGUGUCGAAGUAUUUGCAACAAUGAAUCUGAAGACCACUCUUGAAAUUUCAUGUCCUGAAUCGAAAAGUGGCAUUGGUGGUCAUUGGGUCGAUGAUACCGUCAGUUUCUCAUCAUUAGAACGUAGCAAGGCUAAUGUAGAUGCGACCACUUGUGCAUUGCCAUUUGAUGAUUCUUCUAAGUCUUGUCAAUCUGUACUUGGGGAAAAACCUGAGAAGCCAAAAAUGGCAAUAUUUCAGUCAAGCAAAGUAAUAACGCCGCAAGUAGACGAAAACGGCAACGCAAUUGUAACGAAAAAGAAAAAGAAAUUCGACGCUGAUCGUAACAUAACCACUGUGGACGUAACCAAAGUAGAAGGCUACCGGGGAUGUGAUCCUAUUGAAACUCUAGUGAAAUUUAUUGAGAACAGCGAAACUACCGAUUCGACAAAAAAAUCUGAUAAAUUCUCAACAGUUGCCGGAUGUAAGAAGAAGGAGAAAAAGAAAGAUAAAGAUCUAAAAAAAGAUAUGCACAAGGUUAAGAAGAGCACAUCGUUGGAGGAAUUGAGAAGUUGUACAAAAUUCGACGAAGAUGAAAAACUGGCUGCUGGCGUGAUAAUGCGAACGAAAGGGAAGAAACCUAGCAACAACACAGUAACCAGCCCGAAUGAUGGAAAGGAGAAUGCGAAACAGAAUUCCAAACGUGGAGAGCGACGAUCGUGGGGGACCGAAGAGUUAACUUACCUCGGGGAGAACAAUGCCAUUGAGGAAGUGCGUGAAAAGAAUAAGGAGAAGGAGAAAGCGAAGAAAGUGAAAGAUAAUUUGGAUAAACAACAAGAAAAAUACGAGAAGUUAGAAAAAGUGGAGAAACAACCACAGAAAAAGAAGAAAAGUGAAAGAAGUCUGUCCGUUCUGUCAAUGGAGUCCGCUCAAAGUGAAACUGCCGAGUUUCAUGUAGUAACGAAAAAGAAAAAAUCGAAGAAGCGUCAAAGUCUAGAAGAGGCUCGUAUCACUACAGGUAAGAUCGUCCCAUCCUUUCCAUCAAAGCCCACCAAUUCUGGACAUAAAAAGUAUCAGAGCAGCAAUAGUUUCUCGAACGAUCGAGAUGCGUAUCUCACAGCAUAUAGUCCACACGAUUCUAGACGAAAAUCAACGUCUUCAGUUCCUCCAUCAGAGAAAUCUGAUUCUAGCGAUUUAGAUUCCGUUCAUUCAUUGCCUAUAGAAUCGGUUAGUAGCCGUUAUCAGUCCGGUAAUACAUCUCAAAUGCAGCAUCAAUCCUAUGCAGAUAUUGCACGAACAGUGAACGCAACUAAACAAAAUGCUGCAAUGUGGCAUACAUCGGGAGCCAAUCAAAAGGAUAAAUGGCCUGCUGUGUCUGUAUCUACGCUGUCGAACGUUACGAGCCCAGUUACAGUAGAGGCCCCGUCAAAUGUAGUCCAAACAAAUCCAUCGAAAAAUCGAUCUUCAAGCGCGAAAUCGAAAUCUUUGGUGAAAGAUUUUCCUGAUUUAGCAAUUGAUCGCAGCAGUAGAAUGUCAAAUAGUUACGACGGCGCAUCGAGUUGCAGUAGUUCGAGUAGUACGAGUACUAUCGUUAAGCAAAUUAGUUAUUCACAGAGUUUGGGAGAUAAAGUGAUAGUGGAUUCAACGGUCAAGGGUGCUAGCAAGUCACCAACGACGGUAGGGGGUGCAAAACUGACAGAUGUGAUUCGAGGUAAUGAGAAUGUGAAGCAGACUCUUCAAAAAUCGAAAAGUGCCGAUAAUGAGAGAUUCUACAGUGCCGAACAGUAUCCCGCUCUAGAGAAAACCAUUAAAAGGCACUCGACCCAGAAUCCAAUUAGCGAUAUUCAAUCACUUCAAAACUCAGGUAGCGCUGGAGUUUUGGUGCUACCUACAGGAUCUCAAGUGAUCUCAAAUAAACAGCGAUCGCCGCCGCCACCGUCGUCAGCGUACAGUCAACAGGCACAACAAAUUUCAACGGUAAUAACAAAUCCCAGCUGCAUUGUGUGUCCCAGCGCGGUAUCUGGUUCCAAUUCUUCGAUCACCGCACCUGUUGUCGCAUCAAGCGACACCACUGCGUUUGCAAUCACUGCAAAUUCUGCCUUGAGUGAUACAUCCAAAAUAGUCAUUAAUAAUAAUUUAGAUAUGAAUACAAAAAUAGCUGCUACCUCAUCAUCUAAUAGUAAUAAUUUAGGUAAUAUGAACAGUAGUAGUACUAUAAGUAGUAUUAUAGUAACAAAUAAUGGGAAGAAAUCAAAAGCUAAUACCAAAGUGAAUCCUGAAUCGUUGUCGCCGAGCUUAGUGGAAAUGAACAACGCGAAGAACUCGUCGAGGCAGCCACAAGUCCAAACGAACCAUACCUUGGUCGCGGCUGAUGGAGCAGUCCAGAGCGAAGCUGUGAUUCAAAACCAUUGCAUAGCCGCUCCUACUAUUAAUCCUAGAAAACCCAACAAGCUGGAAUCAUUGCAACCAAUGCAACAGCAGCAACAAGUGUGCGGAGUGAAUCCGUCGACAAAUCGUAAAUCAAAGAAGGACAAACAUCAGCAACACAAUUUGAAUAAUAUAAGUGGCGAUGAAAUGAGUCAACAUACCUCUGCUUCCGCACAGGGUAAACUUUCGAAUCGCCCGGCAGUGAUUAUUUUGAAUGAUGCCAGCGACAGUGUAAUGUGUGGAGGAAGUGAUUUUACUUUUGGUGAUUUCAAUGAGGAGGAACUGCGACUGUUUGACUGCAAUCAUCAUUUGGACGAUUCUGGCAGCUACAAUAUUUCCGGGCCGGAUGUAAACAGCAGCAGCAGUAUAACGUCGGAUACGGUUCACGAGGACGUGCAUUUGUCACCGCAUUCAGACUUGGGAUACUCCUCGUCGAAUAAUCGAAGCAUUUUUUCAGAAUCAAUGGAACAGAAUAAUGUUGCAUCAAUGGGUUCAGGAUCUCAAAAGGGAGGUCCAAGCGCUUACAUGGGGACUGAAACUGAGUCGAGUAGUGCAGCGCAGUUGACUUCUGCAAAUGAAUAUGAAGAAUAUAAUCAGAUAUCAUCCUCGAAUAUUUCGUCUCUUCCUAAUGAUAGUGCAAUAAUAAUGGCAACCCAAAACUGUUCCAUCUCAUCACAAUAUAAUUCUUCCCAGUUACAACCACAAUCGAAUUCAGUGGCGACCAAUUUAGGAUCAACAAAUGUGUUAUUUUCUACACCAUUGUCGGCGUCGUCUUCAUCAUCAUCAUCGUCAAACGCAACUACAAAUGCGCUUAGUGAUAAUCCUAUGACUAGUGCUAAUUUAAAUGAAGUUCAAGAUUCUACGAAUAACGAAACAACUAAAUACGAUCUACCGUUAACAAAUCAUCUAAAUAAAAUGGAUAGUCCUAAUUCAGAUAAUGUAAAUAUUAGUAAUACGAGGAAAAAUCCUAUAAAUAAUAACAAUAACAGUAGCAGUAAUAGCGGCAAUUCUGAAACAGGUUUUGCUCCUUCGACUACAAACUGUGUUUCGACGCCAGUUCCGAAUAAUAAUUCAUUGUCGAAGGAUGCGACCGCACUUAUAGACAUUUGUACGAAAAAUAAUUAUAUAAAGCGUUCUGUGGCGACUGGCAUGCCGACCGCAAACAUGAAUUGCCGAAAUCCUCAUUCGGAAUCGUCGACCAUUCAACAAAAAUCUAGUUGUGAUAAUAAUAUGAUGAUGAAACGUCUGCGAAAGGAGAUCAACAUCCGUUUCGUAGCGCCACCAAUAUCACAUGACAUAAAUACGACCAACUAUGAGAAAAUUGUGGACUUCGUAGGACUUGCUUGGGAAGACAUUAUGCACGGUGUAAACGGUGAAACCGAAUAUUACGACGGACAAUAAACUUGCAGCAGCUUCUGCUAAAACAACACAAAUAUACCGGAUGAUGCUAGGACAGCUCCACGUCAGGAAUGGUUUUAAAAAUUUAGCUAAAUAAAUACUUUAAAGUAACAUAGAAAUAAACUAAAAGCUAACGUGUGAUUCUUCAAGUGUGCGUGUGUAAAAUAAUAUGUGAACGCAACUUUCAUUUCUUCAUUCGGAACAUAAGAUAGAAAUUCAUUGAUCGGAAAUCCUGUGCGGAUACAAAAUACUGAGGAGAAGAAAAAAAACUUAAAAAAAAAGAGAAAAUAAGUGAAAAAAACAUAGGUUUAUACUUAAUUUGAAAUUACAUUAAAAUUAGAAGAGGAAAACUAAUAGAAAUAAUAUUUAUGUAAAUUUUACUCUUUCGUUAAUGCUCUAACAGGAAAUAUUUGAAAUAUAAAUUAGAAUAAAUCUAAAAUUAAACAAGCACAUUACACAAGAGUAAAAAUUACGGCUUUAGGUAGUUCUUAUAUUGAAUUAAAAAUGUUCAUAACUAUAUUUAGAGAAGGUAACAAUUAAUAUAGAUAUUCAUGUCCUGUGACAUAAAUAGCGAUCAGAUUUUUAUGCAUUCAAUAUUUCGUGUAUAUUAUCACUGUAACAUCAAAGAACACAGAGCAUGCGCAACGGCGACAGCUCCUAACUGCAUAAUUUGCACUUGGUGUUAUUAAUAUAUGCAUAUAUAUAUUAUAAUCGUUUUACAUCCAAGAGAGAAGAGACUUGGUUUUUAAUACAGAAGCAAAUGAAGAUGAAGCAGAAAUUGAUCAUUAAUCUCUAAUUCUUGUAUUUAAGCAAUUACUUAAAAAUAGAGAGAAAGCAACUUUGAACAAAGCAAACCGCAUCUAACACAAUUAUAUGAAGAAAAGAUGAAUACAAGGAAAACAAAGAAGAAAAAAAAAAUGAAUUAUUUUAGUUUGUUACGUUUUCACUCCUCAUUUAACCCGAAAUGUUCGAGAGGAAAUAUUCACUCGCUUUUUAUUUAAAACUUGUUACUUUUUAAAUUAUACGCAUUAUUACUUUCAUAGAAAUAUACCUUUAUCUAUAAAAUCCACGGUAAUUUAGAUGAGAAAAUAUCUAUUUUAUUUUUUUUUAUGAAAAACAAGUGCAUCUGUUACGCUAGACCAUUCGUUUUGAAUGAAAACAUUCUCUCGUUUGUUGAUUAACUAUUUGUGAAGAGGGUGUAACGAAAUAUCUUGAAAUUUGCUCUUAUCUGCAGUGCAUGCUACAUAUUUCCCCUGAUACCAAUUUGAGUGCAUCAGACUGUUGUCGGCAUGGCUGCGUUCAUGUUAGCAAAGUCAUAUGAGCUUGUAAUCAUAGUAAAAUCUAGUCGCAUCGAGAAAUUGUGUGGCGCAUGCAAUGCGAUAAGUGAAACUUUAUCUCUUAAAAGUUGGCUAAGAUGAUCGAUUGGAUUAACUCGAGGCGAGAAAAUGCACAUGAAAAGUGGAAUUUGAAACGACCUAAGCAAAUAGCGAAGCAAUCAUCAUCUGAAUCGACUUUAACUUAUUCGAAAAACAAAAGGAAUAAUAAAUACCGCGUCGGUUCGAUCGAUAACAAGGGCACUUACUUAUCAGGUGCUGCCUCUUGAUUGUAAUAGUCAAAAUCAGUAAUGGAUAAAAAUAAUUUAGAGCGAAAUGUAUAAGUUAUGAGCGAAUACUGCGUUAGAUAUAAAUAUGUAAUAAAAAAAAUAAAAAUAAAUACAAGUAUAAGUAUGUUUGAGUAAAUUUGCAGAAACAAGAACUUACGUUACAGUUACAAAAGAAUUUUGAUAAAAUUAUAAAAUAAAAGAAAAAAAAAUAUUAUGAAAAGUUUAAGAUGCAGAAGUAAUUAAAUAUUAUUUGAUUGCUAUUAAGUAAGGAGGUGUAUGCGCUGUGAAAAAUAAAAAAAAUUAAAUUAAAUAAAAAUAAUAUUAACUAACUGAAGAAAGUCGAAUUAAAAUAUAAUUUUAUGCACACAA